AUGCGGUGUGUUGUGAAACACAGCCUUAUAUUAACCACCUUCUUGGCGGCUGCCGCUGGGGAACGUGGUGCUCUUUCUUCGAGCUUACCGGCAGCGGCCCAACCAAGCGCCGUACCACUCUUGGGUAUCAACCUCAACGGAAAUGCCGUGGGGUCCUUGCUUGGCGGCGUCACCGGCGCCCUAGGCGACACAACCACAGGAGUAGUUGGCGGAGUCGGAGGAGUCGUCGGGGGAGUGGGUGGCGUGGUGGGUGGAGUCGUUGGAGGAGUGGCAGGUGUCCUCAACGUGACGACCCAGACUGUCGCCGACAUCCUAUCACCCAGUCUUACCCAUCUUCUGACGGAUGCUCCAUUAAGUGUACUCGAUGGUCUCCUAAAGGAAGUCUUACACCCACAGCCCCGCGAUCCCACUUACCACGGCUGGCAAUACUGGGGUUGUUUCUCUUCCGCCACUUACAUCUCGACCCACACUCCCAAGGUCACCAACGCUGCUAAUGGAAUGAGCCCGAACAUGUGUAUCUCGUUGUGCGUUGCAGACGGUGUGGAUUUCGCAAUCGUAAUCAACAACCAAUGCUAUUGCUCCAACGACAGGCCUAACAAUGCCGAUGGAUCCGACAAAUGUACCACAGCCUGCCCGUCGAAUCCGGGUCUCAUCUGUGGAGGUGUAGGAGGACUACUUACUACAGGAGCUAUGUCGGUCUUUCGACGAGCUAUAACCUCCAUCCCAGGGCCUUUACCUGCUAUACCUGAACCCAUGGGCUGGAGAUACAGUGGGUGUUUCUCCGGAGAUGCCUUUAUAGCUACUGCCAUAUCCAGUGGUUAUGCUCAGUACUUCGCCAGUCCUGCGCCACUCAACGCUACCAUAUGUGCUACAACAUGUAACUCCAAUGGGAGGAGUUUUACAUAUGCUGCUCUGUACGAAAGGGGAUGCUACUGUUCGAACACCGCUCCCCCCUCGAGCCUACAAGCCGGCCUCGGACAGUGCACCAGCCAACCUUGUGCAGGGAAUACAGGAGAAUCUUGCGGUGGCGAAAGCAACUACGCGCCCUACGGACUCAACACACGUUCCCUAAUGAUUACACUAUACGCCAAGGCUCCUGCACCACCGACGUCAACACCGCUGGUACCCAACACACCCGGCCCGCAAAACUGGAGCUACUGGGGCUGCUACUACGGCGCACUCUACCUCCUCGAUACCAUCCUCAACGGUAUCCAAACAUCGGUUCUCCUCGACCCUACUGCAAUCAUGAGCGAUGAUAUUUGCAUCAAAUACUGUCUCGCAGCAAGCGUUCUGCCCAACCCUACCUUCAACUUCGCGCUCACCUUGAGUGGGACUUGUUUCUGCAACACCAAGCCGCCGACAGCAGACCUACUAUCGUCUAAUCAGGCAAUGUGUAAUCAGCCAUGUCCAAAUAAUUCUACCCAGAGGUGUGGUGGUAUCGAUCCGAAUGUGCCGCCGACUUUGGGCCGUGAAUUGAUCAAUAUUCUCGGAAGAACUGUGAAGCACCAGGAAGCUUUCCGUCUUUGCGGAAUACAAGAGCUCAUCGCACCAGGUAAGUCCCUCAUCCCCCAGAUGCCGAGAACUAAGUGUGUCACAAGGACUACCUAUAUGUCGUCCAUUGCUAUUUUGUAG